AUGGCCUCCGGUAUCAGUGCUUUUGCACCCAACCUCCAGUUCGAUAAUCUCCAAACCUACUCUAUUCUCGUGGCGUUUCUCUUCUUCGUCAGUUGUAUAUGGACCAGAUAUAGUCCGGGCCUCCGAAAUGUUCCCGGUCCAUUUGUCGCCAGCUUCUCAAACCUAUGGAAGAUUUAUAGGGUUUUGAAGAAGGAUAUGGCAUGGCGGAACAUCGAGGUUCACGAAAAGUAUGGCCCUUUAGUACGAAUAGGGCCCAACCACGUAUCAGCAUCUGAUCCUGAGGCCUUAAAGACGAUAUACAACUUUACCAAUAUCUUUCCCAAAUCUGAGUUCUAUUCCAUCGGAGAGGGCCUUUAUGAAGGCAAGAAAUUGCCCACCCUUUUCACGACGCGGAGUAACGAAUACCAUGCGCGGCUGAAACGAGCUUCAGCCAAGGGUUUCUCAAUGACUGCACUCUCAGAAUUAGAACCAUACGUAAACGGCUGUAUUGAGUUGUUUUUGAAAAGGGUUGAGGGACGCUCGAAUGAUGGCAAAAUAGCCCUCGAUAUUGGACCAUGGAUGCAAUUCUUUGCAUUCGAUGUUCUUGGAGAGGUUAACUUCUCCAAGAGCCUUGGGUUUUUGGAGACGGGAGUUGAUGUGGACAACAACAUUGCCGCGAUUGAUCAAUUUUUGUCAUAUGUUUCGCUGAUCGGACAGAUACCCACAGCCCAUUAUUUUCUCUUGGGUAAUCCAAUUUUGCCUCUAAUUUUUUCCAAUUAUGAGAAAUUGAAUAAAAUCCAAGAGUUCGCUAUUGCCAUGGUUAAGGAACGCAAACAAAAUCCGGUUGAUCGAAAAGACAUACUUGCAUCUCUAUUCGAGGUUCACGACUCGUCUCCUUCAAAACUAUCGUCUCGGGAGAUUGUUGCCAUUACAACUACCAAUAUUCUUGCCGGUUCUGAUACGACGGCAAUUACCUUGAGGGCUGUAUUCUACUACCUUUGUAAGAAUCCAUCGACGUAUCGAAAACUUCAACAGGAGGUGGAUAGCGCAGUUGAGGAGGGUCGACUGUCCGAGCCAGCGACCUACAAAGAGACCACGACAUUGACAUACCUUGGGGCUGUAAUCAACGAAGCCAUGCGCAUUCACCCUCCGACAGGAUUUAUAUUGGAACGUGUCGUCCCGGAAGGUGGACUCACACUAGGUGGCACAUACUUACCAAAGGGAACCGUUGUUGGUGUCAACUCGUGGGUCAUAAAUUAUAACAAACAUGUGUUUGGCAUGGAUGUCGGUGUUUUCCGACCCGAGCGCUGGCUUGAAGGUAACCCGGAAGAGUUAGCCGACAGGAACAGAAAUAUGUUCGCGUUUGGCGCCGGUCCCCGUGUGUGUAUUGGAAAGCACAUCAGCCUUUUAGAGAUGCGGAAGCUUGUUACAGAAUUUGUCCGUCACUUCAAUUUCGAGUUGGAGGACCCCAAAGCAGAACUGAAUAUACAGGCGGGUUGGUUUGUGAAACAAGAAGGCCUCAAAUUAAAGUUCAAGAGGAGAGUUUAA